CUAUCUAUGAAGUUGUUCCUUCUUAUCGAACGUAGAUGAUCUACAAUGCAAUUACUUUCCGUUUAAUGUGGUCGCAGUCUCACACCAGUCACUGUGGAAUACCGACGAAGUGUACACCAGUUGUGUGCACGAGCAUGUAACGUAAAGUAACGUUCUGUUGGAACUACACAUGAAAAACAAAUUCCUGACGUGCCACAAUGUUGCAGACUGGUGCCGAAUUUGUGCUCUCGCCAGUUGGCGUUACAAAAAUACUGUCACUACUGUGCAUGAUCGUUGGAGGGAUGAUUUUCAUCACUGCCGGUGACUGUGUGGAGUCCAGAGUUUGGAAUGUAACAUAUAUCACUAUUACUACGGCCAGUGCGCUGCUAACGAUGGUUUCGUAUUCGAGUUUCGCCCUUAACUUGGUACGCACGGAUCGUGGUCUCAAGACGCAACAUAUUUCUGUGCUCGCCGUUUCAUAUGUCGUAUUCUUUUUCCUACUGAUCGUAUCGAUCAUCACAAUGACACAGUGUACCCGUUCAGUGCAGGUGGUUCAAAAAAUCCCAGAACCUCUGACUAUGGUAGCAGCCGUGUUAUUAGCUGUUAGCGGUACUGUUUUGUUCCUUCGAUGGAGAGCAACUGUGCAAACAGAAGAACUGCAGUUACAUUCGCAUGACCGAACGGUCUCCGAUGUGCGUACCAAUCCGAGAGAAGCACGAAAAUCCGUUAUGGUUUAAAGCGACUCCACCAUAACGAUAAUCAAUCUCAUUUGCUGAUUGUAGCUUUAUUUUAACAAAAAAGAAAUUGUACAUUUCUCAAAAAUCGUA